GAAACAGAUUACCACCAAGUCUUUGCUUCCAUUUCGCCGCUCUUUUUAUCUUAUUAUAUAUACACACACAGAUACAAGAGAGAAAAUCCAUAUGUCCAUAUGGACGAGUGGGUAUCAAUAUUAUACCUCAGAAGUAUAGCUUAAUUAGUUGUCACCGCAAUAAGUGAGGGGGUAGGGUGCGUCGGAGACGGAGGAAAGAGAGUAUUGCAGAAGGAAAACGAUCGAAGAUGAGAAGCAGGGCGGAGAAGCGCAAGCAAGAUGAAUCAAGACAGAAACCGUACAGAGGGAUUAGGAUGAGGAAGUGGGGCAAGUGGGUGGCGGAGAUUAGGGAACCCAACAAGAGGUCGAGGCUAUGGUUGGGGUCAUACACCACCCCGGUGGCCGCCGCUCGCGCUUACGACACCGCCGUUUUCUAUCUCAGAGGCCCUUCGGCUCGCCUCAACUUCCCCGAAUUGUUAUUCCAAGACGACGGCGACGACCACCGCCUCGUCGUCCAGGGCCACAUGUCCCCCGAUUCCAUUCGCAAAAGGGCCACCGAAGUCGGCGCCAGAGUUGACGCUCUCCAAGCCGCUCUUCAUCACCCAAAUUCUCGUAUCCCAAACCCUUCCGACGACAAGCCCGACUUGAAUGAGUUCCCCAGACCAGAAGAUCUUGUUGAGGAUUACAAUUAGAUUAAGAUAUACUUAUGUUGCCGAUUCAAUCAUCGGGUCCCUUAAUAUUCACAUCUUUUACUUUUUGUCUCCUCUCUGAUAAUUAUCUUGUGAUGUCGCCUAUGGUGAAUCUAAGUUCUAGGCGUUUCGGCUUCUUCCACUUAAUUUGUAAAGAAGGGAUAUAGUUAGCAAAAUCUAGACGGCAGGAAUACCCGCCGGUACGGGAAUCAAACAUAUGUCUGUAUGUCUGAGAGGAGGCCGUGUAGUUUUAAUUUUCUGAUAAGCUUGAACAAGGUCGGUGAGUUCUGUAAGCCAGAACAGUUAGUGGUCAAAGUGAUCGAGCCAACUUGUUUAAUUACCGAA